AUGAACUAUUCUAAAGAAUCAAGGAAUGCCAAUAAACACUCACCAUCGUUUUUACCAGAUGUAGAAGACAAUGAAAUUAUGUAUAUUGAAUCUCGUUCACGUAUCGAAUCUCAAGGAAAUGUGAAAGUAUCGAAUACAAAAAAUACGAUUAAUACAUUAACAUGCCUAUUGGAUUCUUAUCGUUCAUCCACAAAUAAACGAUGUGCUUCUGGUCAUCGGAAAAAUUCUUUAUCGUCAUGGGAAAAUGAUGCAGCAUCUUUCUAUUCAUCAUAUUCUUAUGAUGCUCUUGGUAUGAAACAAGUAAAAUAUAUAUGCUGGCUUUAUAAAAAGAUCAAUGAAAACGACGGUAGUGCUAUGUUAGGUUGUCGUUUAUGUGAACAGUAUCGUAUGGUAAAAAACAAGAAUGGCAAAGAAAAUACUUGA